AUCCACACCCCUGAUGAACAGCAUCACGCCCUGAUGAACCACUUUACGUACAACAAAACCUGGCUACGGUCCAAGUUCCCAGCCGACACUGCCUACAUAUCUAUCGUUCGAGAUCCAAGCGAGCAAUUGAGGUCUGCUAUGAACUAUUACUACCUCCCAGAACUUCUGAAGAUCAAGUCCGAAAACCCGCUCAAGACGUUCUUGGAGAAUCCGUGGAGGUACAAGAAUCGAUCCGAGGUUAACUUUGCCCACUGUAACGUGACCUGGGACCCCAGUCGGAACUUCAUGGCCUUUGACUUGGGCUACCCUACCGAUGGAGUGGAAGAUAAGGAGCGAACUCGCAGAUACGUCAAUGAACUAGAAGCCGACUUCACCCUCGUUAUGCUGCUGGACCACUUGGACGAGUCUUGCGUUCUCCUCAAACGUCUGAUGUGUUGGGAACUGCAAGACGUACUUUACGUCACGAAGAACAACCGAAGUUACUCUUUCAAGGAAUACGUCCCAUCUGACAAAGAGAUUGCGAUGCUACGACGCUGGAAAGCCGUGGACUAUCUACUGCACGACACGUUCAACAAGUCCUUGUGGAGGAAGAUAGCAGCACAGGGUCCAGGCUUCUUUGAGGAAGUGACAAGGGUUAAGGAUGUUAACGAGCGCGUCAACACGUACUGUGCUGAAUGGAAGGACGGGGAAACCAACCUCACACUCACAGUGGAAACGUCGAAGUGGAAUUCAUUCAACCUUACAGUGGAAGCGUCCAGGUGGAAUUCACAGUUUGAAGUGGACGCCGAGUUUUGCCGAGUACUAAACGCUAAAGUUAUACAGCUUUUGGAGCCGUUGCAAAAUACAACAAAGGACGGCAAAUUUAAACUCGUGACCGAGAGAAUAAACAUGAGAGAACUGAUCGAUGGACAGCCAACUUUCAAACAUCAGCGCGAGCGAAGAAUAUAUCUGAAUAGAGUCAAAGUUGCAAAAGAACUUGAAGCGAAAAAGAACGAAACAAAACCAAACGAACAAAGAAAGGACGAGGAAUGA